AUGGCCAUAAAAAUCGAUACACUUAUAUUAUCACUACGUCCUCAGUUUUACCAGCAAGAGGCAUCCAAACUUCGAAGACAGAUCCGGGAAACCCAAAAUCUGAACAGGCAUAUUCUGGGUGAAGCUCUUAGCAGUAUGACCUUGAAAGAACUCAAGAACCUGGAGGUAAAAUUGGAGAAAGGAAUCAGCAGAAUUAGAUCCAAAAAGAAUGAAAUGCUAUGUGCUGACAUCGAGUUCAUGCAAAAGAGGGAGGUUGAGCUGCAAAAUCAAAACAAUUAUCUGCGAGCAAAGAUAGCUGAAAAUGAGAGAGCACAACAGGAGCAAACGACAAGCAUGAUGCCAGAAACCGCGUAUGAGUCUACGUCUUCACAAGCAUACGAUCGGAACUACCUCCCUAUAAACCUUCUGGAAUCCAACCACUACUCCUGCGCAGACCAGACAGCUCUCCAACUUGUCUAGUCUAAUCUAAAACGUACACCAUCACCAACGGAAUGAAUUAUUGCAUCACCUCAUCAUAUAUAUAUAUAUAAUGAUUUGUGCAAACACUCUAGCUUUUAAAUACAAGCAACAAGCGAUCAUGAUUGUAGUUUCAAUAAUUUCCAUAAAAGAUUGUAAAUUUGCAAGAAUUUGUACUACAAUACAAGACAAGAGUGUGCCAUGAAAACCAU